AGCUUUGGGUAUGUUGUCCCGAUUUGCCCGUCAACUGGCGCUGCCAGUUUUCAACGGAGUUCUUCAUCCAACUCGAGCCACCAGUUCGAUCGCUCAUACCAUCAAGGUUGCCCAUAAGAUCGAUGAGACCAGAGAGAAAGCUCUUCUCGGAGGUGGAAAGAAGCGCGUCGACGCUCAACAUGCUCGCGGAAAGCUAACAGCUCGCGAACGCAUUGAUCUUCUUUUGGAUAGAAACACCUUCAGGGAGUAUGACAUGUUUGCCGAGCACACCUGCAACGACUUCGGUAUGCAGAAAGAGAAAUAUCCUGGAGAUUCGGUUGUCACUGGACGUGGAGAAAUCAACGGACGUACCGUCUUUGUUUUCUCCCAAGACUUCACUGUUUUCGGAGGAUCUCUGUCAUCCAUUCACGCCAAAAAGAUCGUCAAGAUCAUGAGAGAGGCCAUGCUUGUCGGAGCCCCAGUCAUCGGACUCAAUGACUCCGGAGGUGCCCGUAUCCAGGAAGGAGUUGAGUCGCUUGCUGGGUAUGCCGAUAUCUUCCAAGAGAACGUGAUGGCUUCUGGUGUCGUUCCUCAAAUCUCUAUGAUUAUGGGACCAUGUGCUGGAGGAGCCGUCUACUCGCCAGCUCUAACCGACUUCACUUUCAUGGUUCGUGAUACCUCCUAUUUGUUCAUCACUGGCCCAGAUGUUGUCAAAGCUGUUACCAACGAGGAGGUCACCCAGGAGGAACUUGGAGGAGCUAAGACUCACACUGUCACCUCUGGAGUCGCUCACGGUGCUUUCGACAACGAUGUUGAUGCGCUCAUGAGCCUCAGAGAGCUUUUCAACUAUCUUCCACUCUCCAACACUGAUGCUGCUCCAAUCCGUGCUGCUGAGGAUCCAUGGGACAGAGCUGUUCCAUCUUUGGAUACUGUUGUUCCAUUGGAAAGCACUGCUGCCUACAACAUGAAGGACGUUGUUCACGCUCUUGUCGACGAGGGAGAUUUCUUCGAGAUUAUGCCAGACUACGCCAAGAACUUGGUCAUUGGAUUCGCCAGAAUGAACGGACGCACUGUCGGAAUUGUUGGAAACAAUCCAAAGUUUGCUGCUGGAUGCCUUGAUAUCAACUCUUCCGUGAAAGGAGCUCGUUUCGUCCGAUUCUGCGAUGCUUUCAACAUCCCAAUCAUCACUUUGGUUGACGUUCCCGGUUUCUUGCCAGGAACUGCCCAAGAGUACGGAGGUAUCAUCCGUCACGGAGCCAAACUUCUCUACGCUUUUGCCGAGGCCACCGUUCCAAAGAUUACCAUCAUUACUCGCAAAGCCUUCGGAGGAGCUUACGAUGUCAUGUCAUCAAAGCAUCUUCGUGGAGACAUCAACUACGCCUGGCCAACUGCUGAGGUUGCUGUGAUGGGAGCCAAGGGUGCAGUCUCCAUUCUUUUCCGUAAUGAUAAGGAGCACGCCGUUCAACACGAGGAGGAAUACACUGAGCUGUUCAGCAACCCGUUCCCAGCCGCUGUCAGAGGAUUCGUCGACGACAUUAUCAUUCCAUCAGAGACCAGAAAGAAGGUGUGCGAGGAUUUGAACAUGCUUGAAAGCAAGAAGUUGAAGAACCCAUGGAAGAAGCACGGAAACAUUCCACUCUAAAUUUCCAGCACUACCCACUCCGCCUUAAUCCAUACUAUUAUGUUGCCAUUUCACCGGCCUGCUCGGUAUUUGACGUGUUUACUUGUGAAUUUUCAUCCCACAUACAAAAUGCGCCAUUUGCGUAUUCCAAUUGUUCGAGUAUUAUUUCCUUUUUCCGUUUUUUUGUUUUGUAAAGUCAUAAUUGAAAAUUGUAUUUAUUACUGUUCUCAGAUAAAUAGUAGAUUUU